UGGAUGUAAACAUAAAUACAUGACGUAAAUAAAAAUGGAUCCGUGGACAAUUUCUAGAGAAAGUGUAAAAAUUAUUGAAACUUUCGAAAAACCAAAAGAGUUUUUGUCAUUCGAAGAUAAUUUUAUCGAUUCUUUACCCGAUUCUAAGGAGUACAUUGCAAUAUUAGAAAGUAAAUUGAAAAAGUUAAAAUCAAAUCCCAGUUUUAUUAAACAACUCCAAGAGAAACGUGAGGCUUGCAUGCGUGAGUUAUUAUGUGAUAUGACAAAUUGUCCAAUUGAAAUUGAGGAAGAUUUUUUAAAAGAGGAACUCCAAACUUAUUCGAUAUUGCGCACUAUUGCUCCUGAAAAACAGGCGUUAUCGAAAGGUGAAAUAGUUGAAUUUAUAAAAUACGACCAGCUAAUAAACGAAACUCACGAAAACGAAGACUCUGCAGAAGUAACAGGAACAUUGGAAUCACAAAAGUCUAAGAAUUCUUAUCCAAGCAAAUAAGCUGUAGGUUUCUGGUAAAGUUAAAUAAGUUAAUGUAGAGUUUACAGAAAAGUAAAAUGAAUAUGUCGCCGCUAAUCUUUCUUUUAAAAUUAGC